AGGUUUGGACUAAGGUGGCAGCUACUGAGCAAGAGAAACACUGAAACUCUAGUUUCUCCCCACAAACAGCUCAAUUAUACAGGGAAUUGAAAAUCAGAGAAAGUUGAAGUUCUGUUGCUGCAACAAUGGCACAAACCAACAAUAACAACACUUCAACUUGGUCAUUAUCCGACUCGGAAUUCGAGAUGGUGAAACAUAUAAUCGACAUUCCAAUCCUAGAAGACUUCAGGCUUUCGGAAUACAGCAUCUACAAGGUUCCUUACAACAUUCGAGAAGUAAACAAAGAAGCAUACACCCCACAAUGGAUCUCAAUAGGUCCAAUCCACCUCGGAAAAACCGAACUCAAUCCAAUGCAAGAGCACAAAAAGAGGUACUUCCACUUCUUCUGGGUCCGUGUCUCAAACCCACAAGCCAUGAAAACCUACAAACACUACCUCGAAUCAAUGGAACCCCAAAUUCGCCACUGCUACGCAGACAAAUUCCCAUACAUUCAAAAGCAAGAAUUCGUUGACAUGAUUCUCCUCGACGCGGUCUUCAUCAUGGAGCUCUUGUUGAGAAACAGUUCGUGGAAAUCCGACACAUCAAAACACCAACAAGACUACAAACACACAAGAUCGUUUCGAGUGAAGCACAACGAAGAUUACAUCUUAACACAGUCAUGGCUCAGCAUAAGCAUCACAAGAGAUUUAAUCCUCAUUGAAAACCAAAUCCCUUUCUCCGUACUUCAGAAACUGUACGAGGAUGUUGUUCCUCAAGACGACAAGAAAACCGAACACAACUCCUUCGUCGACCUCGCCAUCGAGUACUUUGCAUUCUACGACACACAAAUGUCUUCCUCCGACGAAACCAAGCUCAUUCUCAACAAAAACCAAUCCAUAAAACAGUAUUUCACAGGCUCGGUUCGCGGAUCCAAGAAACCAAAACCACAGAGCAAUGACAAGUGCGAACCAAAACACUUCACUGAUUUGUUAAGGUACUUUUACCUUCCUACUAACUUUGAACGCAUGAAAAGCCGUUGCUCUCGUCAUGUUUUAAGAACCGCAACGAAGUUGCAAGAAUCAGGGGUGAGUUUUGAGAAAGAUGUGAAAAGAAGGUUACUUGAUGUGUCGUUUGAGAAAAAGCCAAUUCUGAGUUCGUUUCUGUGUUUGGGUUGUCUACCUUGUUUGAAUCAUUUCAAGGCACGUUUUAGGAUCCCUCAAUUGAAAGUGGACCACACAACGGAAUGUGUUUUGAGGAACCUCAUUGCGUUCGAACAGUGUCACUAUCCUGAACAACCUUAUAUUUGUAACUAUGUUUCUCUUAUUGACUCGUUGAUUCACACGGAGCAAGAUGUGGAGUUGCUGGUGGAGAAGGAGGUGAUUGUGCAUGAGUUAGGUAGUGAUACUGAAGUGGCUACACUUGUUAAUAGCCUUUGUAAACAUCUCGUGGCCAAGUCGACGUGUUACUGUGAGAUCAUAGAUGAUUUGAAUAAGCAUUACCAGAAUGCUUGGAACCGUACUAUGGCUGCGUUGUGGUUGGUGUACUUUAGAGACCCUUGGAGGGCCAGUUCCACUGUUGUGGGGGUUGCUGUGCUUGUUUUCACUGUGUUCCAGUUCCUCCGUGCUGUGCGUAGUCUCUUCCACAAUGGUACUUAAGACUAGAAUUUUAUUUUAUGAUAUGAUGAUUAAUGUAAUGGAUCGCUAUGAAAAAAAAUAAAAGGGUGUGGGAGAAUACGGGCAAGGUUUGAAAUCAUGCAAUUCAGCUUUUUGUUUGCCAUGGAUGUGUUGAUGGUGUUUCGUGCAUGAAUGAUUGAAUGAAUGCAAUGAUGCUGUCACUACUCACAGAACUUUAAAU